CGACGACGAACGUUUCUCCCGUGUUUAGGGCUGUUAUCGCCGAAUGGUGUCGUCGUGAAGCCCAAGGUCGACGCCAUGGACUCGUGACAUCCCAACGCGACCUACUCGUUGGCAGAUCGCGACGCCAUUCUCAUCGGGGAACCUCGUCAGAAGCGAUUUAUCUAGACUCAUAUGAGCCGCAACCCAGAAAUGUAGUCGCGAGACUAGACCGAAGAGGCGAAAAGUCAAACUCCCACUUCAUAGCUUGCCAGGAUAUCGCGAGACAUGGCACCGCGUUAGGGUAUGGGCCCCGCUUUAGGACACGGAGCGGCCAACAUGGGGAAUUUGGGAGGAGGAGGCGAGGGGUGCGAGCCGCCGGCAGCAAUCGUGGCAGCGGAGGUGGGGAAGAAGACGCUGACGUCAGCGAAGAGUCGGAUCCCGAGGCCGUGGCUCUGACGAUGAGUCGGCUGGAGAGGGAGCUGGAUGCAGCGGUGCAGGCGGAGGACUAUGCUGCUGCUGCUGCGCUCAGAGAUAGGCUCCGGCGCCUGCAGUCGGACAACGAGGCGGCAGUGAUUGCGGCCAACGUGCUCUUCUACCGCGCCUUUGGCUCCGCUGACCUCAGGCUCAUGCGCCGCGUGUGGGCGAGAGGGGAGCACGUGCAGUGCAUACACCCUGGUGCGAACACCAUCUCUGGAUAUGACAUGGUUCUCAACAGCUGGGAGCUGAUAUUUGACGGCAUGAACCGCCAGCUCAGCAUCACGCUGGAUGACGUGGCAUGCCACGUGCGCGGCAGUAUGGCAGUGGUGACGUGCGUCGAGAUCAUCAAAUCAGCAGGCUCUGCUGGCAGGGUGGUGGCCACGAACGUGUUUGAGAAGGUGGGCAGCCAAUGGCUCUUGUGCUGCCACCAGGGGGCUCCAGCUCCACAACCAGGGAGGAGGAUGGGAUUGUAGCCUGCAAAACGGAAUUAUCGUAGCCCAUCACACUGUAUGGCUGCAGCCCGCAUAGAGAUUUGCACCUUCACUGUCGUUUGCCAGAGACAUGCAUAUGCCUUAAAAAACUCACACGUGACUCGUGAACAUGACACCUGGAGUGGACACUCACGAUGCCUGCCAUCAUGCUAGGGUAGUGAACAUUCAGCUGGGGAAAUCUUCAAGCAAUGCAGCAUCAACCGGCACAUGUUCUAGGGCUCAAUGUUGAUUUGCAGUG